AUGGCGGUGGCGAGGAAAGCUUUGGCUGCGUUCUGUUGGUUCUUGUUCUUGGUUCUUUCGUUGCCGGCUCUCACUCGUGCCCAUGGCGAUGAGGAAGAUAGCGGCAAAGAAAGCGAUAAGUCUGGAGCGCUGAAGUGGAAGAUCAUCGGUAUUGUCAUUAUACUGGUCUCCUCAACUAUGGGCAUCCUCAUACCGAUUUUGGGCAAGCGAUGGCCCAUCCUGAGUCCGGAUAGAGACGCCUUCUUUGUGAUGAAGGCCUUUGCGGCAGGGGUGAUCCUGGCCACGGCGAUGAUCCACAUCCUCCCGGAGGCCUUCGAGAGGCUCUCGGCGGAGAGCCUGCCGAUGGCCCCGUGGGAGAACUUCCCCUUCGCUGGCUUCGUCGCAAUGGUAGCCGCGCUGGGGACGCUGAUAAUCGACGCCUCCGCGACGGGAUAUUUCUACCGGUCUCACUUCAACAAAUCCCAGCCUGUGGAGGAGAGAUCCAUGGACGAGGAGGUGGCCGGUCAUCUCCACGUUCACUCCCACGGCUCGGCGCCCACCUUCGAGUCUUCCAAAGGAGAGGAUCACAGUAAGUCGCAGCUGAUUCGGCACAGGAUUAUCUCACAGGUAAGAUGAUUAUCUAUCCCAUAGUUAGAUACGUAGCUAGGAUUCUUCCACUUUCCCUCAUUGUGUGGCGCCCGGCAUGAAUUUCUUCUGUUCAUUCAGAAUCCGCAUGUAUGUCGAUGAGAUCCCCGUUAGAUGAUCUUCUCUAUUUUUUUUUCUAGAACUCAUGAUUCCUGAUGACGGUUCAUGUAAAUACCGGAGACUUGAGUAAAGUACUCCGGACUGUAGGGGGACAGUAGGGGUUUCUCACUCCCUUUAUUAGCCGUUAAUCAUAUGUGCGAGACUCUGCACAUACGAUCUCAUCUUCAUCUGGACUAUUGGAAAAGAGAAAAUAUCUAAUAAUGUAAUAAGUAGAAUUUUCCUCGAGACCAUUUCUAAGGAACCAGGAUGAAGAUUACAAGGGAAAUAUGUAACGAAGGGAUGAACAAGUUUAAGUGCUGAUUACUCCCAUAUAUGCUGAAAUACGAGAGUAGAGUCUGGUAAAUUUUCUAAACAAGUUUAAGAAAAAAAAUAUAUCUUGCGGUCUAUACUGGCCAAAUAUUAUAUUAUUUCUUUGAACGACUGUCAAAUCUUAAAUUAAUAAAAUGAAGGAAUAAUUCGACGAGUAGGCCCGUCCUCGCGAACGGGUAAUGCAACCCCGUAUCACUUAAGAUAACCAUCGACGAUUAUUAUCCCUUUCGUACUCUUCUACUUUGUGCAAAAUUGUCAAAUAUCUUUCUUCAGAUUAUUUAUAGGUCCACUGAACAAGUCGUCGUUUUGGGAAUUCACAAUCGCAAGUAUUGACCGGAGACUUGCUAGCAUAAUAAUAAACCAUCAGUUGUGGACAAGUGACUGACGUAUUCCAUGGACAUUUGAAUAGGUGCUGGAGCUUGGAAUUGUGGUGCACUCUGUUAUCGUUGGCAUCACAGUGGGUACUUCUUUAUAUCCCUCAACCCUCCGUCCCCUUGUGGCAGCUCUUUGCUUCCACCAAUUUUUUGAAGGCAUUGGACUUGGUGGCUGCAUCGUUCAGGUACUUCUGCUCUAUCUCCUCACUUACCCAAUAGGAUUACUGUUCUUGGUUUGCUUAUCAUUCACUGUCUUAGAGAUAGAUAGCCGGUUGUCUUUGCGGUUCAUACCUAUCACGAUCCUCAGAGAUUUCCAAAGGCAACAACUUUUCUGCCCUCUGUCUGUUUGUCGGGGUCUCUCUCUCCCGCUCCCUUUCUGUCACUCUGUGGACCUAUAUGUCUGUCUCUCUGUAUCUCCCUAUUCAUCAAUCUCUCUCUGUUUGUGUUUCUACCUAUUUAUUUAUCUAUAGCUUCAGAGCAAGAAAAUUCCCCAAAACAGUGUUCGCAGUGCGCAGGGACAUUUACCGCAACGUUAGAACUAGAAGAGUAAAUUCUAACCCGCAAAAAAGCAGAAAACAAAUCUCAUUAACAACUCUGUUCAACUGGACCCCAUUAGUACCCAACCCUAUCAGAUUUAGAAGUCUAGGAAGACUUAUUGUUCUCCCUAUCUGCCGCAGGCCAGGUUCAAGAAGAUUUCUACCAUUUUCAUGGUGAUCUUCUUCACCCUCACGAUGCCGCUGGGCAUUGGCAUCGGUAUUGCCGUGACGUCACAGUACGACGAGAACAGUAGUACGGCCCUCGCCGUGCAGGGCGUCCUAGACGCCGCAGCCGCAGGGAUCCUCAUCUACAUGUCGCUCGUCGAUCUUCUCGCCGCCGACUUCUUGAGCCACAGGAUGCAGAGCAGUGGAAGGCUCCAGAUUUUCUCCUAUACAGGUCUUCUCCUCGGCGCGGGAGCCAUGUCCCUCGUCGGAAAGUGGGCCUAG